UAGUGCCGUCGAUGUUUCUCCACCUCUACUCUUAAUACAAAUAAUAAAUAAAAAAAUCAAAAUUAAAUGUGCUAAUACGGUUGAACGGUCAGCGCAAGGUUUUAAACAAUAAUAAACGUAUUUAAAUCAAGUGCAGCACACCAGACAACUGGAAAUAACGUAAAGAUUAAAGCACGCGCUUGCAGUACUGCAAUUGCAAUUUGCAAUCUCCAUUUUUGGCUGCGGCAUUUUACAAUUAAUAAAAGGCUAAAAUCAAAUUAACUUGUCUCAAAUCAAAACCGAGCAGCCAAGAUGCAAAACAAUCCCAGUCCACAGUUACCAUGCAAGGGCAUUUUAAAGACUUCACGCAGCUUCGACAAGUCGGGCGCCAGUUUCCGCAAAAGUGCCAAGUUCGACGAACUGAAUGUGCUGCAAACGUUUCAUCCGGCCGACAAGGAUUAUGGCCAUAUGAAAAUUGAUGAGCCAAAAACACCCUACAACUAUACAGAACCCUUCAAUGAAAACAAAGAUGAGCUGGACACUGAGCUGCUAGUAGAGAAAUUGCGUAUUGCAGCCAGCUCACAGUCUUCCCAGAGCAUUGAUGAUGAAGGUUCUUCCGGCGAUGAGCAGCCUCUUAGCGAAGAGGAGCGACAGCGACGUCGUGAAUUUGAGCGGCGCCGCAAGGCGCAUUACCGUGAAUUCGAGGCAGUGAAAUUGGCACGCAAGCUUAUACAGGAGGAGGACGAUGAUGUCGAGGAUAAUGAGGGCGGCGCUGCAUCUGGUUCGGCACAAGGCGGCGCCUCCAGCUCCAGUUCCAGCAGAUUCGCCAGCGGUUCGACACAAAAGGUGGAAAUUUGAUUUCUCAACAUGAAACACACACAAAAGUGCCACAAAAACAGAAACAUAAAUAAUGAGGAGAGGAGAAGAUGAAUGAUAAUGAAGUAAGCCAUGAAGAAAACGAUAAAGAUGAAGAUGAUGAUGAUGAAGGAAAACUUGUUGAAUAUUGAGCAUUGAUUUGGCCUUACGUUUAGUUAUUUAUUAAACCAAAACAUGUACUAUUAUAAUUACGAUUACGAUUAUUAUUGUGAAUAUAAUAAUUCCUUUUUUUAGCAAUGCAAUACGAAAGUUUCAAAUAAAGAGCAAUGUGAAAUCCUUUGUAAAAACCCAAAACAAUUCAAAUCCCCAAGAAAACACAAUGGUCGCUUUUCUCGUCGCGAGUGUUCAUAAACUUGCCAUUUAUUUACUUCUCAUUAUUCAUUGUUCAUAGUUAUACAACAAUUUGUGUAUAUAUACGUAAGGUAAAUCCAUAUCGUGUAGUUUUGACAUUGCUGGUCAGUAUUUUGUUUUGUUUUGUUUUAUGUUGGUAUUGUUUUGCUUUGUUUUCAUUUGUUUUGUUUUAUUAUUAGGUAGUAAGUCUGAGUCUGAGAGUUUUUGGCGUCAUCGAGGCGACUCCCAAGGACGAGCACAGAACAUUGGCCCCCUUCAAACACAAAAGGCAACGGCAUCCUCAUACUAUCCCCCCGGGGAGAGGGACGUUAUUAUGCUGUCCUCAGGAUAACUCGCGUCGAGACAAAUUACAUUUAAACUGACAAUACGAUCAAUUUCAUAUUAGUUCUAUCUGCUCUCAAUGAUGUUGUUUUGGUAUUUUCAAUAUAAUAUCACUUACUUAGCGGUUAAUCGAAAUUUUUUUAUAUGCUCUUAAACAAUAUAUAAUAUGUAUGCACAUAUAUACGAAUAUACAUGCAUAGUAUUUAACAAAAUAAAGACAAAUUAUGCAACUCAAACUAAUUUAACAAUGAGACGCGUUGCCAGAGCAACGCCUAGAAUUUCACCUGAUGCUGCCAAGAUUACCGACCAUAUGUGUUUACAUCUUUUCGAUUCAAUUUACAUUUAACUAGUCCCAUCCAUAUAGUCGGGAAUCGAGGGCACAAUUGGCGCGAUCUCUAAGCGAAACUGCUUCGCACGG